GGAGAGAGCCCUCACUCACCAUGGCAACGGCUGGCUUCCAGGCCGCGACCCUUUCCGGAUAAUACUAUCUCUCUCUCUCGCCAUAUUAAAAUCGACCCUCCGGUGGUGGUCGGUGGGUGGGGGGAGGAGGGUCCUGAAGAUAUCAAUAAUAAAAGGAGCGAGAGAGGGUGAGGGAGGCAUCUUUCCCCUCCUCCCCCUACAGACGAGCUGGGCCGGCAGCUAGAGGGGGACCAGAGCGAUGAGAGGCGAGUAAAAGGAUGAUACCGAGCAGCUCUGGCCUCUUGAACCUGGCUUUGUGCCUGUUGCUCUGGCGCUGCUCGGAUGCCCGGAAGGCGAUGGUGGUGCUGCACCACAACGACUCAAGCCAGUUGCCCAAGCCGCACUGGCAGCUGCCCGAGUCGCAGCUAACCGAGCCACCUCGCGCCGUGUGCCCCAAGCUGUGCCGCUGCUACAUCAACAUCCUGUCGUGCCACCCGGCCAAGCCGGUGGGCUCGCACAGCCACGAUGCGGCCGUCGACGUGGGGGAGCCGGUCUCCACCGAAGCCAGCGGUAAUGGCAGCAAAUCUCCGCAUUCCAAGCACAACAGCAACACCACGAAGGAGGAUGAGAAGAGCAUGAACAUUCUCACUGAAAUACCCCAUGGGAUCCGAGGCACCAUGUCUGGCAAUGUCCUGACACCGUUCACCGUGCUGGAUUUUCGAGAUAACAACGUUUCAUUCAUAUGGAAAGACAACUGGUUAUUUUAUCCAGGUGCAGAAUAUCUAAAUUUAAAGGGGAAUCGUAUAACGGAUCUGAUUCCAGAAACUUUUGAAGGUCUCUCACAUUUGAAAUACUUGUUUUUAUCUUAUAAUCAGAUUAGGUUUAUUGCAGAUUAUAUGUUCCAGCCUACUCCAGAAAUUGAACUGAUUGAUAUCAGCAACAACCAUUUGUAUGCAGUACAAAGGGAUCUCUUUAGGACAAAGCAUGGAUUACCUUCCCUGAAAGUCUUAUUUCCUGAAAGCUACAUCAAGUUGGCAUAGAUCGACCCUGCCAUUCUUCUUGUCAAACUGUUCCUCAGAAGAAACAGCAGGUAUCAACUGUUUCAAGACCUACAUAAGCAAGAGACAGUAGUGGCUCUGGACCAGAGUAGACACAAACAU